AUGUUUUUCUUUUCCAUAUCUAAAACAAACAGCCCAACAAUAUGUGUUUAUCUAUCUAUCUAUCUAUCUAUCUAUCUAUCUAUCUAUCUAUCUAUCUAUCAAAACCAGAACACCCUGAAUAACGGAAAUUUUAUUUCUCUCUUUCUUUUCCUUUCAUACGAUUUCUUUUAUCUCUUCGAUAUCACCUCUUUCGGUAGUGUCAUCAUUUCAUUGAAUAUUAUUUCUCUUAAUGAUCAUUUCUUAACGAUCGAUGUAAUCUCUGUCCUUCCUAUCUCUAUCUAUUAUUAUAGUGUCAUCAUUUCAUUGAAUAUUAUUUCUCGUCAUAAUCAUUUCGUUGUGAUCGAUGUGAUCUCUGUGCUUCCUAUCUCUAUCUAUUAUUAUAUAUUCGUUGACAUCACAUCUAUCUAUCUAUCUAUCUAUCUAUCUAUCUAUCUAUCUAUCUAUCUAUCUAUCUCAGUCUGUUAA